AUGGAGCUGAUCAAUGAUUUGAGGGCCAAACAAAAGGAAAUUGAUGGACUGAAAUCUCUGGUGUCAGAGAGUUCGGAUGACAAGGACAUGCUUGAUAUGGCUGUAAGUGAAUUAGGUGAGGCGGUGGAAGAAGAGAAGAGACUGCAGACUUUGCUGCUUAAGUCUUUGCUUCCUAAAGACGAAGCUGGUGAAAGGGAUUGUAUCCUGGAGGUGAGAGCAGGUACUGGUGGAGAAGAGGCUUCUUUGUUUGCCAUGGACAUAUGUAGAAUGUACGAAAGAUAUUCGCAGAAGAAAGAUGGAGUCUGCAUUCAGAGUUUGGAACGCACAGGCUGUGUCUGGGAUGCCAAAUUCUUGGAGAGUGGGGAUAUUGUCACAGCAUGUUCGGAUGGAGUGGUUCGUGUUUGGACAGUACGUGAUGAAGUGAUUGCAGAUCAGAUGGAGAUUGAUGCAUAUAAUUCGCUAAUUUCGAUUGGAGCAGGAAAAAGGUUGGGGGAAUGA